GUCAAGGUCGCCACUCUACAACUCGUAACCUGAAUGAGACUCAAAACGACAAAAGAAAGAGCGAGAGGGGGAGCGAAUACGAAAGGUUUGGUGAUGAGCAAACAGCCCAGAUAACACACGGAGACGAAGAUCAUUUGUUUGGUUGCGCUAAGCGAGAUACUAAAAACCCCACCACCUCCUCAAUCGGAUGCGAUACAAUGUGUCUCUAUCCCCCACUUCUUCUCCUCAUGCACCUGCCGAAGAUCUUCAAAUCUUUGUGGCCCAACCCAUGCGGAUAGCUUGAUAGCUUUAUUCGCCAUCAUUCAUUCGCACCAGUUGGUCGCACCGUUAGCUGGUGAUCGCUGAACCAUCGAACCAGCAACAGUAGCAUGGCGACCCCACAAGAAAACCUACGAAUGGUACAGCAAAACGACGAACUACACAAGGUCCGGGAGAUACGACUACCACUGCCCUUCGGAGACGUGUGCUGUAAAUGGUGGGGUCCUAGUGAUGUGCGACCGAUCGUCUGUCUGCACGGAUGGCUCGAUAAUGCCGGUUCGUUCGAUCGCUUGAUACCGCUGCUACCGCGCGACAUCAGCUUCCUCGCGAUCGAUCUGCCUGGUCAUGGCCGAUCGGCGCACCUACCGGCCGGUGUUGCCUACAAUGCACUCGACGUGCUUCGGUUGCUUCUUCACGUGAUGCAGCUGUACGGUUGGCCACGGAUUUCGCUCAUGUGCCACUCGAUCAGUGCGGUGAUGGCGUACGUGUUUGCCGGUAUCUUCCCGGAGCGUGUAGAGCUGUUGAUUUCGUUCGAUCUACUGAAACCCUUCAUUCUCGAUCCCGAUAUGUCGCUGUUCCUGUUUGCGGAUUCAAUUCCCAAAUCCCUCGACUUCGACGCUGCGUCCGAUCGUCAGGUUAAGCCGGCCAAGGAGUACCAGUACGAUCGACUCGUUGAGCACAUGCACACAGGAUUUCAGGAAUCGAUUAGCCGCGAAGCGUGUCACUAUCUGUUGUAUCGUGCCUUUAAACCGGUGCCCGAUCAACCGGGUUACUUCUGGCGCGUUUCGGAUCAACGGGUACGGCACAACCAUGGGUUGGUUUGGUCCCACGAGCUCAAUCUGUACAUCGCACGCCGGAUAAAGGUGCCCUUCCUCUUCCUGAAAACCACUGAGACGCCCAUCUUUGAGGAUCCCCGGUACCACCAGGAAACGAUCGAUGCGCUUGUGGCGUGCAAUGAACGAUUUGUGAUGGGUACGGUGGAAGGCAAACAUCAUGCCCAUCUUUCGAACCCCGAACGUGUUGCGCCAUUUGUGAGCAAUUUUUUGGCCAAGCAUUGGACGAAAGACAAUUGGCAAGUGAGUAAGCUCUAGCUUGAUCGGACGGGAGACGUUGCAUCGUGAGUACAGGGCAAUAAUAGUUAGCUAACGAUAAUAACGAAGUGGGCUAGACUUUAUGGUGGUAAUCGGUGAGAGUGAA